AUGUCGAACCAAAAAUGUGCAUGUGUCAAGGAGAUUGUACGUGAUGGAGAUUGGUACCUCGACCCCUCUACAUCUUUUGACCUCAUUGAUAUUUGGAGGGCCCUUCCAACCAUUGAAAAAUUUCACGAUGAGGUUCCGGAUUUGACCGUUUGGACAGGCAACUCUUCGAGUAAUUUCACUUCUAAAUCAGCCUGGAAUGCUAUCCGCACAAGAAUUGCCCGUGCAGAUUGGAGUGAAGCUGUUUGGUUUGAAAGGGGUAUUAAUUCUCAUUGCUUUAUAGCUUGGAGAUGCCUUUCAGAUGCCCUCCCUACAAGGGAUAACCUCAUUCAUAGACAUAUUCCUGCUCCUCAUCAUUGUGAGUUUUGCUCGGCUAUAAUUGAAAGCAGAAAUCAUCUUUUCUUUGGGUGCCCCUUCUCUACUGACAUUUGGAAGAUUAUUUAUGAGCUUUGCUUUCAUGAUGGAACCAUGCCAAGCAAUGUCAUUGAUGCAGCCAUCUCGGUUAUAUAUGCCGCAGGUAGAGUAGGGAAGUUGGGGCUGGCCACCAAGCUUGCGUUCUGUGCUACAAUCAAGCAUAUUUGGUCGGAGAGAAAUUUUAGAAUUUUCAGGAACAAAAUCAGACCUAAGGACCAGAUCAUAGGGGCUAUAAAGGGGGAUGUUAUUGGCAGAUUAUCUUCCAUUUCUUUGGUGGGAAACCCUACUACUGCCAACCUUCAUAUUGCUGCCAAAUGGGGUCUUCAAGUUCAUUGGGCUGCUCGAAUUCCAAAGGCCUGCUCUUGGUUUGCCCAUAAUCUGAAUAUGGUUGCUCUCCAUUGUGAUGGGUCUCUUGCAGAUGACAAAGCAAGCUUUGGGGGCCUCAUUUGUGAUGGAUGUGGGGACCCCAUAGCUGCCUAUGCUGGUCUAGGGGAAGAUCUUUUGGUGCUGUCCAUGGAGCUAAAGGCUAUUUACAAAGGAAUUUCCCUUUGUAUCGAGAAGGGCUUGUAUGAUGUUUCUGUUAGGUCGGAUUAG